AUGCUGCUGCCCAGCCUGCCCAAGGGCCGGUACCAGCUGAGCCUGGUGCUUUGGGCGCCCGUGCGCACGCUGCCGGCGAACAAGUGCUGCGCGGUUCUGGGCAGCGUGGGGCUUCUGGCGCCCAAAGGACGGGAUACCUCCAACUACCGCCAGGAGAUGCUGACCAUGCCAGAGCUGCUGGCAGUGCAUGCGCUUCCUCCCAAACUGGUGCCAGGCUGGUGGCGCGUGCAGGAUGAGUUCCUGGGCUCGGAGAUCUUCGCGGUGCCGGCAGGCGGCAGUAGCAGCAGCGUGCUGCAGCUGGACGCGCCGGCGGUGCUGCGGCUGGUGGCGGAGCCCGCGGACAUUUUGGCGCCGCGGGUGUCUGCGGAGCUGCGGCAAGGCGGCCAGAGCGUGGCCGAGAGCAACGCUGGGGGGGCUGGUUUCGCACAGCUGCUCGCCGCAGGGACGUACGACUUUGUGCUGCGGAGCAUGGACCAGGCGGACGCGGACCAGGUGCCCUUCUUCGUGACGCUGGGCCUGGCUCCGGCCGUCGAAGUCGCGGCCGCGGCCAGCGCCUGCGACGGCUCCGCCAGGAUGAUGGACCUGGGGGGCGCCGAUACCUCCGAGAGCGCUUGGAGAUGGAAGCGGCAGCUGAACCUGCGGUCGCUGCCGGCGGCCAUGAAGCUGCCGCUGAAAGUGGCGCAGCCCUCCAUAGUGACCAUCUCGGCCUGGUCGCCCUUCGUGCAUCAUUACGUGCGCGUGGCGCUGGUCACCGAGGAGGGUCUCUGGGUGGGGGAGCAGCGCGCCAGGCGGAGCGCUCUGGAGAUCGAGCUUCCGCCGGGCAGUUUCCAGAUGGUGGUGGAGGACGGCCUUCCCCGCUACGCCCCGCGCCGGAGGGAUGCAUGGCCGUGGGCGUCGCGGUGA